AUGUGUGGAACACUUUGCAAGCUUAUUUUAUGUCUUCUUCCACCAUUAGCAGUGCUAUUGUUCGAAGGUUGCAAUAUCAACUUGGCAAUCAAUAUCGUUUUAACAUUCUUAGCGUGGAUUCCUGGAGUCAUGCACGCUAUUUACGUGUUCUGUGUUGAAAAAAAUAUUAUAAACAAUAAAUCAGUUUUAUGA